AUGGAUAAAAGAAGACGUAAGCCAUAUGUUAAAGUGUACAAUAACAUCAUUGACAGCUUUUGCAAAGAUAAAAUGGUAGACGAAGCUCUUGCCAUUUUGCAGGAGAUAAUUGAAAAGGGCAUUCUCCCAAAUGUUGUCACUUAUGGUUGUUUGAUUCAUGGUCCAUGCAUCUUAAGCAGAUGGGAGGACGUUAACAAGAUCUUUUUUGAAAUGAAGGAUUAUAAAAUUAUUCCAAAUGUUAUUACUUUCAAUAUAGUGGUGGAUGCACUAUGUAAGGAAGGAUAUAUAGAAAAUGCUGAAGAGGUAGUGCACAUCAUGAUUCAGCAAGGUCAAAAUCCUAACCUAGUCAAAUACAGUUCCUUAAUGGAUGGAUACUGCUUACAGAAGCGAAUAGAUGAUACAAGGAGAGUUUUCGAUACCAUGGUUGCUAGCGGCCUUACACCCGAUCUCCAUAGCUAUGGUUUUCUAAUAAAUGCCUAUUACAAGACCAAGAAAGUGAAAGCAGCCAUGAAUCUCUUUCGACAGAUUUCACAUAAAGGUUUAACACCUGAUAUUGUUGUUUAUACCAUUGUCUUGCAGGGGUUACUUAGUUCUGGAAGACAUGUCGACGAAGCAUUGCAGUUAUUCCAUGCAAUGGAAGCUGAUGGAACAAAUAUUUACAUUGAAAUGUACACUAUCAUACUUGAUGGGUUGUGCAAAAGCAGGAGGCUCGAUAUUGCUCGAGAUCUUUUCAACAAUCUCUCCCUUAAAGGAUUGGAUCCUGAUGUUAGAACAUGCACCAGCAUGAUUGCUGCCUGCUUUCAGAAGGGAGGUCAUUAUGAUGAUGUGAUGGUCUAUUAUGAAGAAAUGGUUCGAAGAGGAUUCUCCCUGGAUGCAUCUACUUUUUCCAUUUUACUUGAUUCAUCUGCUGAAAAUCAAAACAAUCCUUCUCUACUAAUGUUGAUGCUGAAGAUUGAUCCUGAUUGCAAGAAGUUUAUGGAUAGGGAACAAAGAGGACCUUCACAUCAGUUGCAACAUCAUGAUUGCUGCCUGCUUUCAGAAGGUCUGCUCAUCGAAGCUAAAGAGCUUCUUAAAACAAUGGAGGCGAAGGGAUUCUUGGCAAAUGAUUGUACAUGCAAUGUUAUUCUGCAAGGACUCCUCAAGGGAGGUCAUUAUGAUGAUGUGAUGGUCUAUUAUGAAGAAAUGGUUCGAAGAGGAUUCUCCCUGGAUGCAUCUACUUUUUCCAUUUUACUUGAUUCAUCUGCUGAAAAUCAAAACAAUCCUUCUCUACUAAUGUUGAUGCUGAAGAUUGAUCCUGAUUGCAAGAAGUUUAUGGAUAGGGAACAAAGAGGACCUUCACAUCAGUUGCAACAUGUUGGUCCUGCUAUUUAUUUUGGCCGCUGA